UCGCCGCGCAUUUUUUCCAGACUAUAAAAUGGAGGAUGACUUGUUGGUAAUCAUUCAGUGGUCAUUUACUACUACUAAGAUGAUGAAGUCAAUCUUCUUUGCUGCCCUUGUGGCUGUUGCUUUUGCUGAUGCUGAGCCUAAGGCUGAUGCUGACGCAGAUGCAUACUAUGGUGGUUAUGGGCACCUUGGAUACUCUGGACUUGGAUAUGCUGGUCUUGGAUAUGGUUAUGGACGUGGAGCUUACGGAUAUGCCGCACCCUCUGCCUACUCUUAUGGAGCUUAUGCUGCUCCUUAUGCCUACUCCGGAUAUGGACAUGGACUUGGCAAGAGGUCUGCUGAGGCUGAGGCUGAGCCUGAGGCUGAUGCCCACUACGGAUCUUAUGGAUCUUAUGGAUACUCCAAUCUUGGAUAUGCUGGACGUGGAUACGGAUAUGCUGUUCCCUCUGCCUACUCUUAUGGAGCUUAUGCUGCUCCCUCUGCCUACUCUUAUGGAUCAUACGCUUCCCCUUUCUAUGGUGGAUACGGACAUGGUCUUGGCAAGAGGUCCGCUGAUGCUGAUGCUGAGCCUGAGGCUGAUGCCCACUAUGCUGCCUAUGGAUACAACAGUGUUGCUGCUCCGGUAGCUUACUCUGCUUACUCUGGAUAUGGAGUCGCUGCCCCCGUUGCUCACCACGCCGUUGCCGCUCCCGUCGCUUCUUACUCUGCUCAUGUUGCUGCACCCGUGGCUGCUUACUCUGCUGGAUACGGAGUUGCAUCUCCCAUCUCUGCUUACUCUGCUGGAUACGGAGUUGCAUCUCCUGUUGCCUACUCAUCCGGCUACGGAUAUGCUUCUCCUCUGUCCUACUCUGCCUACAGACCUAGUUACUCCAGCUACUCCAGCUAUGGAUCUCCCUACGGUUAUGCCGCUUGGUAAUUUACCAAUCCCUCCAAUCAAAAUCCACCACCAUAAACCACCUACCAGUACCAUAAGAAGAAGAAGUUUGAAGUUCUACCACUUAGCAACCACUGAAUCUUUCAGUGCCAGCAAAUUUAUAUAUUAAUUUAUGUGAGUUUGAUGUGUAGGAAAUUGGAAUGUUUUGAAUAAUAAAGUUUUAACUUAGAACUAGAAA